AUGGUCAGGGCGAUUGAGACGCCUGGGCCGGAGGCGAAGCCGGCGGAUAUCCUCAAUGGAGAUAUACCUUUACCUGCUGGUCAGGCAGAGGCUGCAUUGGACCCGGAAUCAGACGAAGACAUCCCCGUUGAUGUGGAAGAGCUAAAAGAGGCGCUCGGCCGACCACCUCCGGUCAACAGCAGCUACCUUCCCCUUCCCUGGAAAGGUCGAUUAGGAUAUGCUUGUUUAAAUACGUACCUUCGCUAUUCAACACCCUCCGUAUUUUGUUCUCGAACAUGUCGAAUCGCCUCUAUACUCGAAAAUCGACACCCGCUCCAAGAUGCCGACCAGCCCGCACACCCGAUCAAGAAUCGUCCAGACCGCGACCAACCAGCCGAUGUUGCACGCGGACAAGCCUUCGUCGAGGGGCUGGCUUUGGCGAAUGUACGCGAUUUGGUCAAAAUAAUUCGUUGGAACGACAAAUAUGGCAUCAAGUUCAUGCGACUCAGCAGUGAGAUGUUCCCAUUUGCCAGUCACAAGGAAUACGGCUAUAAGCUGGCACCGUUCGCCUCGGAGGUGCUGGCAGAUGUAGGACGUGUGGUGGCAGAACUCGGACACCGGGUGUCGGUUCACCCUGGCCAAUUCACUCAAUUUGGAUCACCGAGGAAAGAAGUUAUCGAUAAUUCUGUUCGCGAUCUCGAGUAUCACUCGGAGAUGCUCCAGCUACUCAAACUUCCCCCGCAGCAGGACCGCGAUGCGGUCAUGAUUCUUCAUAUGGGUGGAGUGUUUGGUGAUAAGGCUGCCACACUGGAUCGGUUCCGAGAGAACUACGCCAUGUUGUCGCAAGACAUCAAAAACCGAUUGGUUCUGGAGAAUGACGACGUUAGCUGGUCCGUUCACGAUCUACUGCCUAUCUGCGAGGAGCUCAAUAUCCCUCUUGUGUUGGACUAUCAUCACCAUAAUAUCAUCUUUGACGCCAAUGAGCUCCGAGAAGGCACCGAGGACAUCAUACCUCUGUACGAGCGUAUAUCAGCAACAUGGUCUCGGAAGAAUAUCACCCAGAAGAUGCAUUAUUCCGAACAAACUUCACCCGCCAUCACCCCGCGCCAACGGCGCAAACACAGUGCCCGCGUUACUACUUUACCCCCUUGUGCGCCUACUAUGGACCUGAUGAUUGAGGCCAAAGACAAAGAACAAGCCGUAUUUGAGUUGAUGAGAAACUUCAAACUCCCCGGCCACAAUCUUGUGAACGAAAUAAUACCCUUCAUGCGCCUCGACGAAAACCAGCCAUUCAAACCACCCAAAAAGUCUAAGAAGAAUGGGAGCUUCGUGGACCUAGAAGGCUCAAUACCACCGCCUCGCACUAUUCCAGACGAAGAAGUCGGAAUGGGUGGACCGGAUGGCAGAGUCUACUGGCCCGAGGGCAUGGAAGAAUGGCUCCGACCGGCAAAGAAAAUCGUGAAGCCUAAAGCUACACCAAGUCCCAAGAAAAACGCCUCCAAAAAGGGUAAGAUUGAGUCUGUCACAGACGAUGCUCCCAUAGAUAUACCCAUCAAGAUAGAAACGCCAGUAAAAAAAGCCGCCAGGAGCACGAAAGGCACGCCUCGGCCGAGCAGGUCUCGCAAGCGCAGGGCUUCGUUGGUUGAGUCUACCCCAGAAUCUGAAGAGACUCAAAACACUGAAGAGGUUUCAGUGGGACUGGACAGUGCUCCAGUUUCGAUAUCACUUUCUCGGCGAAGUUCACGUGCGAAGAAAGUGAACUACACCGAGGACAGUGCAUAA